AUGGUUGCAAGUGAAGAGGCUCAAAGAAUUGUCAUAGAUAGAAGCACCAGUCUUUCAGACAAGUUGCAUUUAUCAACAAUUUCACACUCAGAGUACAUUACUCCCCUGCGAUGGCACCAAAACGACCAACCCCCUGGCGGCAACGGUGGCGAUAAGCCUACCAAAAAGCGCAAAACAGGUGACAAGGAAGACGAAAAUGAAAUUGAAACUGCAAAAUUGCAAAAAGCUAAUGCCGGUAAAUAUCAGCUUGUGUCAGGAAACACUGAUCCUCCAGAAGUCAAAAAGGCCGAUGCAAGCAAGCUUACCCUGCAUUUCAAGGAUGUGAAAACCGGGAAACAGCAAAUGUUAUCAUACCCAAAGGCGCACGCUGAUAUAAUGGACUGGAACAAUAAGGAUCAUGUACAAAGACUUCAGAAGUGGCGCCGUCAAGUCUUUCGCCGCCAUGGAUUCCAGGACCGCGGUGUUACCAAUUGGCAGCCGCAAGAGGAGGCCUUUCUUGAAUUACUCUACCGCUUGCUACAGCAGCGUGCUAACAGUGGUCAAGUAGUGCGUAGACCUAAGGUUGCCCAGGUCAUGGAACACUUCAAUGCAUUCUUCGAGGGAAAAGUAAUUGCGGACAAGGGUGGGAACCAGAUUCCUCCUCGAACAAGCCGCAAGGAGGACUCGAUCUCUAGUAAGCUUAAACGGGGAGAUUCACUUGGAAACUUAGUCACUACGGUAAAGGCACAGUUAGUGGACGACAGAAGUGUUGAACUGUAUCUCCCGUCUAUUACUGAUGCACAAUUGAAUCGAUUCAUCGCAGACGGUCUAAGCCUGCCUCAAGGCCAAAAUGAUGUCCCGGUUACCAAAAAGGGUGCAGGUGGCACAUCAGCCGAGGAUCCAGGGGAGACUGGUAAUGCGGCCGCUGGAAGUAAAACUCCAGGAACGGUAACUAUCAUUAGUAGACCUGUGGAGACAGCGGCUGUCCUCACUGACUCCGAGGAGAUCAAAACUAUGCUCGAAGAUGGGUGGUCGAUUCCCACAAUAUCCGAUACCACGGAGGCAGUAGAAGAGGUUGACGAGAGCUUUGAUACCCUUGAAGACUCAUGGAUGUAUAAAGCAGUUGAAUCACUCGAAGAUCGUUGGAAACGGCGGGAUUUUGGACUUACACGUGUAAAGGGUCUCAGUGGCAUUCGUUCGGACUGGUAUAGCGAUUUGGCAGAUGAUACAAAACAGGUACGUGGGCUAGAAGAACGUCGGUUGGAAGCUUCACAUGUCAACGCUCUCCUCGCGUAUGUGGCUUGCCCGCCGAUCGGUUAUGGUGGAGAUGUUAAUGCAUUGAUGGGCACGAUCAAAGCACUGUCAAAAUGGGAGCGUGCACUAGUUAGACAGAACCAGAGAGCCCUAGCUUUACAGCACGACAACGCCAAAGCUAAAGCACCGGGGCGCGAUAGUUAG